GUUCGACGCCAAUAUGUAUUUCCGCGCUAGCGCGAUCGCCUCCUCCGUUCCACCUUACGGAGGGACACUGGCAGACCUGGUGGCCAACGGCGCAUGUCGCGAUUGCAGGCUCUGCGUCGAUUGCACGGCUGCAUCAUUGUGGUGGUGAACAUGACGAUAAGCCUGGUUUCAGACACCGAUGCAGUACGUCGCCGACACCUUAGUCACCGCUGGUUAUGCUUGCAUUGUCCCCGAGGGAAAUCAGAUAGCAGCCUCCAUAGGCCGGUACUACACCUCAACAGACCAUCUGAGUGGAACGGCGUUAUCGAGUGGUGCGCCCCAGGAGAGCGUCGGAGACUCUGCGGAUCUCCUCCGCGCGCCAUGGCUUCCCGCGCCCUCAUGCACAUGGAUGGGCAAGGGAGAACCAGCUGGGAGGCGGUCAGGGAGAAUAAGUAGCGUUGGACCCUGCUGAAUUCUGCGGGAGAUGCUGAGCACUGCCCCAAGCCAACGAAGCAGAUCAACGGGAUGUAGAACCUCAGGAGAACAUCAGUCUCGAGCCGGCGUGAAUCACACACCUAACGCGCGAGUUUUCGCUGUCGAUGCGAUAGUGUGCUCGGCGGCUACAUUGUGCCUGUGGACGCGCGAACAGCGAUACUACAGCGCUAUCCACCGUAUGCAAGCCUAACCAAUUCAUAUUGUGGGCGAUUUCCGACUGGA